UCACAUGACAUUCCGAGAUAUAGUGCUCAAGCGUCCGCUUGCUUUCUUUGUUACACAGUCUACAUUUAGAUUCAUCUGCACUUCUCGCACCGUGCAGUUGCCAAUACAUUCUGUAACCUAAACGUAUUCUGGAAAUAAAAAACACGUCACAUUGUCUAGUUUGACUUCGGUGCCACCCAUAGGAAGGCUUGCUAUCUCUAUACUGAUCGUAGUGCCUUAUAGUACAGCUUUCAGGCCUUUGAGUGUUUGUAAGAUCUACUAAUUCUUCCUUAUGAGAACUUUUCAAUAUAUGUGCAACCCUAGCAAGAGGCAAUCCAAGAUCUAUGUUCACAGUACCUUUAUUGCAAGCUUCCUUCGCCGAUUUGUCUACGUAGUCGUGCUUGCGUAUGUCAACAUGAGAUGGUAUCCAUACAAAUUGUAUGGAUGCUGUUACAAUUUCCUCAACGCCACUGGCUUUGAAAGAAUUUAGUGUCCGAAGAGCACUUUGAGAGUCACAAAAAACUACUCCGGAGGCCCGAGACGUUAAGAAUUCCGUUGCAAGGAUUAUAAAUGCAAGCUCCGUUGUGUAGUGAUGACCCUAUUUUGCACUCUCAUAUUAACUUGAUAUUGUGAUGUUGCGUAUACAGCGCAAGCACAACCAGUUUUGUAUCCAGACUGUAUGGAUUCAUCAACGUAACACUCGCAUACAUCAUCGCCCAGAUUGUGUUCCUCUACCGUUACUAAUGCUAUUUGUUUUGACACGCGUUUUUUUUUUUUUUUUUUUUUUGACCCAAACAUAAUCCUCAUAGCUUCAUUUUACACUAUCUCCAAGCUAUUUAUUUUUUAUUCCUUACACUGCAACAAGUGUACAACUGACCUUAUAAAUGCCAAAUAAAACAGUCUAGCGAGCUUAACACUGAUGCUCUGUUCUCUUCCAAUAAGAACUUUCAUCGUUUUCAAUCUCUCCCAGAGUCUUUUUAGAGAAAGGAUCAGGUCUGCAUCAUUUACGUUCACACCGAGAUAUUUGUACUUAUGAUACAUGUCAAGCUCCUGGUCACCCAUUGGAAAAGUGGGUAGGGUAUGAUACAUGGGUUGAGAGCCAUUGUUUUCUCGGCGGAGAUGACUAAUCCACUCUCAUGAGCCCUUGUUGUGGUUAGAGCCUGAAAGGUACUCUGAAAAGCAAUGUUGUGGGCUAUGUUCUGAUAGAAAUUAGUACAGUCUGUGAGAUAAUUUACGUUGUCACCUGUACCUGAGUCUGUUAAAAAUUAUCCUUUCUAGAACAUUGCAUAUACAUGAGGUUAGUGAAGUCGGACGGUAUUUAUCUGUUUGAUUUCGGUAUAGGGAUGAUUAGACUGCGCGUUCAGGGACCAGACACUAAAUAUAAUAAAUAAGUGGCACAUUACAAUGAAUUUAAUGUUAGCAAUAUCAAAUAUAAGAAAAUGGCAGGAAUACUCUUACUAAAUUAAUUCAAGUCUACCGUUAACUUUAACUUUACACCCUCCCUUUGCUUACUAAUUAUUAAUGAAGAAUAAUUAAGGAUAAGUAUUAUAGAAUUAAAAAUGAGAUAAGAUCCAUCCACCCUCCAACUCCCCGGCAUUUUCUGUUAUUUUUACUUAGAAAUUAAGAAAUCCAUCCUUCACUUCUCUUCUUUCGCGAUUUUCCUUUCACACUCUUUAUAUUGAUCUAAUUUUCCUUUCCCAAAUCGUUCCUUAACAAAUGGAAUUGUCUCCUUUGACUAAUUCCGUUGUUGUAUCUACGAGCCAGAAAAAGGGGAAAAUCCUAACCGAAUCGGCACGUAUGGCAAGAAUACAUGUGGAGGCGUGUGGAGGAGAGCAGAAACCCAUCUUAGUUAUCACAUUUCAACUCAUAAGGAUUUAACCUUUAUAUUAAUUCACUAUUCAAGCAUUACAGUCUUCAAUAACCUGCCAAAAUAACGUUUUUAAUACCUAGCGCUUAGCAGACCUGCGUGUGGAAAGAAAGCAGUAUUUAUAAAACUCACCUUUGCUAUACUGCCUUCAAAAUAAUAAUACGUAAAUAAUCAUUUGGGAUGGGGUUUAGCAAUUAUACGUAGUGUAGACAUCUUUACAGUUUUAACCAGUGCACCUUCCAAAUGUCGAAUCAAUAUCGAUCUCGACCUAUAUAUGUGUACAAACUAAUAUACACUCAUAUCCUUAUAUUCGCAUACAUUCAUGAGUACGUGCAUAAAAAAAUGCGAGCCAUACUGUAAACUCGUUAGUCAGAAACCCAGACUGCAAUACUUGAGAAAACCACGCCCACACAAACUAUUUUUAGAUAUCAAGUAAUAAACACAUGGAGUGUUAUAAAAGUCGCGCUGUCUCUCGCAAAUCCAUUCUUUCGAAGUUGGAUCACCCAGCAUGAAGACCGUCAUUGCAACAGCUCUCGUGCUUGUGAUGGGCGCAACCUACGCCUUCUCUGCCCCAGGGAGGCAUGGGUCCGCCCUCCGACCUGCUAUGGGGGCGGAGGAACGAUCCCUUGCUCGAAUUAAGAGGAGUGUGAAUGAUCAUGACAAAAAUGACACCCGUGAGCAUGAAGUGGAAUCCCAUGGUCAUGGCAGCAACGAAACCCAAGUUCAUGACGAGGAUCACGAGGAGGGAACCCAUGGUCAUAGGAACAACGAAAUCCAUGUUAAGGAGAUUACAGGAGAUCAUGAUGAUCAUGAUCAUCAUCAUGCCGAUCGUGAUAAUCACCAUGACGAUCAUAACGGUCAUGAUGAUCGUGAGGAUCACGACGAUCAUGAUAAUUCUCAUGACCAAUGAUCGUAUUAGCGACAGCAAUGAGGACGACGGGGAAGGUAACAGCGACAGCGAGAAUGUUGAUCGAUCUCCUGUUACACUGAUAUAUAACAUAUCUAAUUGUAUGUGUACAUGCUAACAGAUCAAUGUAAUCACAGAAAUGAUAAUGGUGAAAAUAUUCACAGUAUCAAAAUUCAAUUUCCAAAUUUAUAAAGUGUCUAAAUAAUCUUAUGAAAGAAAUCUUAUGAAUAAAUACAUAAGAUAAAUUAAAUAAGUAAAGGUUCAACUGAUACCUAAACAAACCUACUUUUCCCUUUCCCUGUUUCAUUGUAUAAACAAUGUAUAAACAGUCAUCCAAUAUCAGUGUUAUAAUCCUUAUUGUGAUGAAUAAAGAAAUUGAUGCAUCCA